GAGACGAGACGACAGUUACCUCGGUUGGGAACAGAUUCUGAUCCCGCCAAUGUUAUCUACACGUGUCAAAUACUGAUUGGUUAAAUAGAUAUGCUUCAUCUAAUCUCAUAUUCUUUCAACCGUACGAUAUAAAUCCAACGGACCAUAAAAAAACCUUAUCUCUCCAGCUUUUAGAUCUCGUAUAAUACACAUUCAAAGAACCCAAAAUAAACGAAGCACACGAGCAGCAGUUAGAGGAAGAAGAAAAAGAAAAAGCAAAUGAAGAAGACGAAGCACACUUAUAUAUCUUCACCAGUCAGAGAUCACGACUAAAGGUUUUUUUUUGUUUGUUUUAAGUUUCCGAUUAGCUAAGAAGACGAAGAAGAAGCAAUGGAGCUUCCGUUACUCUCUUACGCUACCUCCCCGUCGUUUCCGCGGACAGGCUUAUUAUGCUCUUCUUCAACUAGCGUCUGUGACUUCCCGGAGAGAAGUCGGAAUUUGAGAAUGAGAUUUAAUGGUGGAGAUAAGCCUCGAAGCGUUACAGCUUCCGCCGAACAAAGCAGCGAAGGGAUUGAGAAGACAGACGGCGUCGGUGGCGGAGGAGGAACAUUCGCCGGUUCUACUAUGGAGGUGACAACGCUUGAUCGUGGCUUUGCUAAUUCCACCACCGUUGAUUUCCCGAUUUGGGACAAAAUCGGCGCCGUCAUUAGACUUACUUACGGAAUCGGAAUAUAUGGAGCAAUGGCUGUAGCAGGAAGAUUCAUAUGUUCUGUGACUGGAAUUGACUCAUCUGGUGGAUUUGAUAUUUCUAUUGAUGCACUUCUUGCUGGACUUGGCUAUGCAACACCACCAAUCAUGGCUCUUCUCUUCAUACUCGAUGAUGAAGUUGUGAAGCUAUCACCGCACGCUAGGGCCAUCAGAGAUGUGGAAGAUGAGGAGCUUCGAAACUUUUUCUUUGGAAUGUCUCCAUGGCAGUUUAUACUCAUUGUAGCGGCCAGUUCGAUAGGAGAAGAACUCUUUUACCGUGUUGCUGUACAGGGUGCUCUGUCUGAUAUAUUUUUGAAAGGAACACAAUUGAUGUCAGAUUCUAGAGGCAUGGCAUCUCUGACUGGAGUCUUUCCUCCAUUUGUGCCAUUUGCUCAAGCGUUUGCAGCUGUAAUCACCGCGACUCUCACAGGCUCUCUCUACUUUUUUGCUGCUUCUCCAAAAGACCCUACAUACAUUGUUGCCCCCGUUUUAAGGUCACGCCGAGAUGAUUUCAAGAAGCUUUUGUCAGCUUGGUACGAGAAGAGACAGAUGAAGAAGAUUUACUCUCCCCUCCUCGAAGGACUCUUAGCCCUCUACCUCGGUAUUGAAUGGGUUCAGACGGAUAAUAUUCUAGCACCGAUGAUGACGCAUGGUAUAUACUCGGGGGUCGUAUUAGGACAUGGGCUAUGGAAAAUUCACGAUCACCGGAGAAGAUUACGUCGGAGAGUCGAACGGAUCAGAUCGGAGGCUACUGAUAAGUUGAUUUAAAUCAACACUAGAUAUUAACUGGUUGUGGGGUGGGAUUUAUGUGUAUUUUUUUGGAAUGGGGUCGUAUAGUGAUUAGGGAAAUUAGCUAGGACCUCUUCCAAUUAAUUAGAGAGCUUCAUACAGUAGAAAAUUACAUACUAUAGGCGUACAUAUAUAUAAUAAAAUCCCUAUAUAUAUUACUUGAGAAGUAACUUUUUUUUAGUGGGCAACCUUAUGUGAUUAUAUUGGUCGCAGGACCAUACAAAAGUUUGAGCACUAAUAUUGGCCAGAGUUCAUGCUUUUGUACACUUGUUGACAUUGUUGUUUACACGUAGUUUUCAUUGGGCCUGCAUCUCUACG